AUGGAAAACGUCGAUGUGCUGGUCCUGUUCACCUCCUUGAGAAAUAACCUCAUCAACUUGCCCUCAAAUCUCGUUUCGUUGCUUUACAGUGCCAACAUCAAUGUCCAAAAUGUCAUUGUGGAACUAGCUUGGAAGAACAAAUUGUCUAAAAGAAUCCAGUACGCCUACACUGGCUGGACUGGUAUCACCUCAAGCCCUCCAAUCUCCUCUUCUUCAACAAAUGGCCCUCCUACUAACUCCAUCGAAAUUGAUCCAUUUUUCGCAAACUCAAUUGGCUUGCUCGAAAAUUCAAAGAUCAAAUUAUCAAUCAAAUUAAACUACAAAACCGUAUUCAAAAUCUUUCUAGAACCCUUAUCGUCCUCAGAUUGGGAAUUAGUCGAAUUGCAUGCAACCUACUUGGAAAACCAUUUACUAAACCAAACAAGAACAGUAAAAUUAAACCAAAUUCUCAUAGUCUAUCCUACUUCAACUACUUUUGCCAAAUUAAAAAUCAUAAAAACUGAUCCAGUCUUGAAAAGACCCUUGGACUACGCAAAAAUCUCUCCAGACUGCGAAAUUAUAAUAUCUCCCAAAGUAAGGUCAAAUUCAAAUCCAAAAAAAAAUCUAAAAUCUACCAGAUCAAAUUCAAGCAUAAAAAAAAUCUAUUAUGAAAAUAUUCCCUCUAUUGUAUUAAGAAGCAUAUCCUUACCACACAAUUUACCGUCGUUGAAACCCAAUUCCACUAAUGAUUCCACUACCAACGAUAACAAAUUCAAUGUUUAUAUCAAUUUUAAUGAAAAUAUAAAUAACUUAAAUACCCCAACUCAUGUCUAUGUCUCUGUAGUAACUGGUCCUCAGCCCAUAAAUCUAUCAAUAGUCUCUAAUCAUAAUCAGACUAAUCAAAAUACCACUCGCUCCGAAAGAAGAUCAAAUAAAAAUUCAAGAUCUGCUUCUAAAAUCGUUUGUCAAUUGUUGCACAAUCCAAAUAUCCCAUCCAAUCACAUAGCAUUAUCCGAAUUGCUAUCAAUAUCAUUAGGCAUUUCAAACUCAGUGGGUCAUUUGAUACUAAUCGAAUCAAUAUCUUCAACAAAUCAACUAUUAGCGCCAUUGAGCAAGAAACCAAAAGAUUUAAUAAUUCAUUCUUUCAUUAUCACAACUUCACCUUCUAAUGCUUCCACUUCCACCUCUACUAACAAUAAUGAUUUAGUUUUAUCAAAUAAACUCCAGAAUAAUGACCAGAGAAAAAAUGAACUAAAUCUCAUUCUUUCCCAUCUAAAUAAAAUCAAGUUUUUUGACUCAAACUGUUUAACUAAUUACUCUAGAAUUCCGGCCAUUAGUCAAUCAAUACUCCCAAAUGGUGGAAUCAUUGAAUUUUCUUUAAAUCAAAACUCCCUUAGUUACAAUAGCUGGUUCAUUUCUGAAAGUUUUAAAGAUCUAAACAUCAAACUAUCCAAUGACAUCUUGAUCCCAGUUUCUUCCAUCCCAAAAUUUAAUCCAAAUAAUUUUGACCAUAAAUUCGUCUUUUCAACUAAUUCAAACACUGUGGAUUUUAACUCAAACUCAAAUACUGAUAACGAAAACGUGGAUGAUAAACUAAUCGGAAUGAAAGAUUUAUCCGAAAAAUUAAUAGACUUCUUGUACCAUGAUUUGAAUAUUCUUUUAUUAUCUGGUGCAUCUGGUUCUGGAAAGACUCUACUAAUCAACCACUUGAAAAAACAAAUCUUUAAUGAAUCAUUGUAUAAAAUCUUUUCGCUAAAUUGCGAAGAAUUAUCAAAUGAUAACUUUGACACGAUGAAAAAGAAAUUUUCUCAAAUAUUCAAAUACAUCACUUGGUAUUCACCUUCUGUGCUAAUUCUUGAAAACAUAAAUUCAAUUUUUACUAAAGAAAUGGACAACAUGGACAAUUCACUAUCAAGACAACUAACUGAAUAUUUCACUAACAAUGUCUUGUUAAUUCUUGAAAACCAAUUAAAGGAUUUAAACAUUAACAACAAAAUUAAAAUUAUUUUAACAAAUAAUUCAAAGGAUAAUCUUAAUGGUUUAUUAAAUAAUGUUAUCGAUGAUAUUGUUUCAAUUUCGCCUCCAAAUAAAGAACAACGAACUUUAAUAAUAGAUUAUUAUCUAGAAAAGUUCAAGAUUACCAAAAAUGAAAAAGAAUUCAAUUUGAAUGAUUUAGUUAAUGAAACUGAAGGUUACUUGCCUACAGAUUUGAAAGUCUUGAUCGAUAGAGCAUAUCAUGAAAUUAUUUACGAAUCUUUGGAAAAUGAUUUAGGAAUUGACUUGACUGAUACUGAUUCUGAUGAUGAAUCAGAUAUUGACUCCGAUUACAAAAAUAAUCAUUUUAAGAAAGCCUUGGAGGGGUUUACUCCCUCGGGAUUAAGAGGAAUCCAAUUGCAAAAAUCUUCAACAAGUUGGAAUGAUAUUGGGGGGUUAAAGACAGUGAAAUCAGUGUUGCUAGAAACCCUAGAAUGGCCUACAAGAUACGCGCCAAUUUUUAAAUCUUGCCCAUUAAGAUUGAGAUCGGGUAUUUUAUUAUAUGGGUAUCCUGGAUGUGGGAAGACCUUGUUGGCGUCUGCUGUCGCAAGUCAAUGUGGAUUGAAUUUUAUUUCUAUAAAAGGUCCAGAGAUAUUAAACAAGUACAUCGGUGCAUCAGAACAAACUGUUCGAGAGUUGUUUGAAAGAGCGUCAGCCGCAAAGCCCUGUAUCUUGUUUUUUGAUGAGUUUGAUUCCAUUGCUCCCAAGAGAGGACAUGAUUCUACUGGUGUAACGGAUAGAGUGGUUAAUCAGUUGCUAACUCAAAUGGAUGGUGCAGAGGGAUUGGAUGGUGUCUAUGUUCUAGCAGCCACCAGCAGACCUGAUUUAAUUGAUUCUGCGUUGCUAAGGCCUGGAAGAUUGGACAAGAGUGUUCUUUGUAACAUGCCAGACUUUGAAGAUAGGUUGGAUAUUUUGAGAUCCAUCACAAACAAAAUGGAUCUUGAGGGUGGUGUUGAAUUGGACCGUAUAUCUGAGAAAACAGAAGGAUUUUCUGGUGCCGAUUUGCAAGCUUUAGGUUAUAAUGCAUAUUUGAAAGCUGUGCACAGAAAAUUGGAAAAUGAUGAAAAGGAGAAAGAAGAGGCGAGCAGCAGUGAGAAUAAACGUUCUGAUAGUAGAAGUACUGCAUUUGAUUUUUUUCAAAUUAGUUUGAACAAGUUGAACAAUAAUGAAAAUCCUCUCCAGACAAAAGAGAGAAUUGAAAUUUUAAGAAGCAUUGAACCGCUAUUUAAUAAUUUGAACAGAACCCAGGGAAAGCGACCAGCUUCUGAUGAUAAUAAACACAAAAAAGGCAAAUUAUCAAUUACAAUUAAGAUCAAAGAUUUUGAAUCAGCCUUGGAAGAAACCAAGCCCAGUGUUUUGCUGAGCGAAAGACAGAAACUUGAAGCUAUUUACAAAGAAUUCUUAUCGGAAAGAGAUGGGAACAUGCCAGAUGGAUCAGCUAGUAAUAGCAUAGGAGGGAGAACAACGUUGAUGUAA